AUGCCGCCCCACCAACGGGCCGACGGCGGGUUCCCCGCGCCUUCCAUGCAGCCCAUAUCAGUCGACUUCAUCGAAAAUCGAGAUGCAGGAUUCCGCAAUGCCGAAGGCGAGCUGCCAUGCAAUUUCGAUCCGAGCUCUCAAAAGUUCGUAGCUGCUCCGUUCGCUUUUGGUGGGGCGGUGCUCGACCACGAAGAAGAAGCAUUACGGGAGAGCAAACUGAGAGUAGUUGCAACGAAGGAGAGCUUCGCCCACGCCCUCGCAGCUCUGAAAUCGAAGAAGAAAUCCAAAAACGAGGCGAUAGCGAAUUUUGACUUGAAUUCCUAUCACGACUGGGAAGAGAUCACUGAGCACAUAGACCUGGUGGCCAUGACGCAACAUGCCGAAAUCCGCGAGAAGAUGGCGGAACUGUUGAAGGAAGUGCCCGAAAUUGUCAAUCAGGACAGUAUCUCGAAGAACAGUAACUACUCAAAGGCGAUCGAUGAAUGCCUCAAACGUAUUCGCCAGUCCAAAACUCGCUUCCUGGAGGAGACUCAAUUAUAUUCGGCCUGGGUUCAACGCGCUACACUCUCUACAGUACUCCAGACCAAUGCCCAAAACUUUGAAACUAAUUCAACAAUGCACGGCAUUGAUGGAAGUCUGACUGAGUUUCGGGCGGAGUACAAAGACACAAUGAAGACAUAUGGGGAAGGGAUGAAUGCACUUAUGGAAACUUUAGACGACGUGGUGAAAAAUGCCAAAUGGCAUGACGAGAAAUUGCGCUAUGCUGAAGUCUUGAGACAGCAAGAACUGAACGCCGCAAGUCAGCAACAAAGGAUAAUGGAGCUUGAAGAGCAAGUUGCCAAAGCAGCUACCACCCCGCAGCAAUUUAUGGAAGAAUUGCGACUAAAGCCGGCCAAGCAUACACAUGUAUCAGAAGUCCCUAUGGUGCGCAAGCAUGGAUUGAACAGCUCAACCAAAUUCCAAAACCGCGCCGGUUGGGUGGGCAACACCACCGAGUUCCGAGACUGGUUGGGAGGGCCAGACAAAUCUCAGAUACUGUGCGUCCAGGGCCACGGCGCAUUCGAGCCAACAUCGCCGCUGAGCUUCCUCAUAUCACUCCUUUACGAGAAGCUGGAACAGGCGCCGCGCACGCUGGUCCUUCCCUUCUUCUGUGGACGAAGCACCGUAAGCUCCGGACCAGCGAUCAUGGCAAGAGCAUUAUUCGUCCAACUGCUCGCGAUGUGCGAUAAAGAUGGGCAUACUGGCGAGAGAGGGCGGCCUUUACUGUCAUUUCUUGGACACGACGAAAAGGCGCAGAUGAAAGAGCUUGACCUCGAGACGUACACGGACGCGCUCGCGCAUCUUCUACGAGAUCUGCGGAAGGACUAUAGCGCCAUGUUUAUCCUGAUCGACGGUAUCGAGUAUUAUGAUUCAAAGUGGGAGGACGAAAUGGAUGACUUCGUUAAGAGCAUAAGGAAGCUGGGCAAAUCGUUCAACAAGCCAGAUGAAGAAACAUCUGGUGGUGUUCUAAGGGUGCUUCUGACAGCUUCCUCAUGGUCGAGGCGCUUCUCGCCUCCUCCGAAAUCACUGGCUGUACUUGAUGUGCCCGAAUAUAUAGAUAGUUCUCUGGACGGGUUUGAGAGGUUUGCGUAA